AGUCUAUGCCUCUCAGUGAAUGAGGGCUGGCAAGGGCAAAAUGAGAAACCGUCGUCGUAUCCAGCGCAGGGGACCUUGUAUCAUCUAUAAUGAGGACAACGGUAUCAUCAAAGCCUUCAGAAACAUCCCUGGAAUUACUCUGCUUAAUGUAAGCAAACUGAACAUUUUGAAACUUGCACCUGGAGGGCAUGUGGGCCGUUUCUGCAUUUGGACUGAAAGUGCUUUCCGCAAGUUAGAUGAGCUGUAUGGCACUUGGCGUAGAGCUGCCUCCCUCAAGAGUAACUACAACCUUCCCAGGCACAAGAUGCUCAAUACAGACCUUAGCAGAAUCUUGAAAAGCCCAGAGAUCCAAAGAGCCCUCCGAACACCAUGCAAGUAGAUUCACCACAGAGUCCUGAAGAAGAAUCCACUGAAAACCCUGAGGAUCAUGUUGAAGCUAAACCCAUAUGCAAAGACCAUGCGCCGGAACACCAUUCUUCGUCAGGCCAAGAACCACAAGCUUCGGGUGGAUAAAGCAGCAGCAGCACUAGAAGCCAAAUCAGAUGAGAAGGGGGUUCCAGGCAAGAAGCCUGUGGUAGGGAAGAAAGGAAAGAAGGCUGUUGGCCUUAAGAAGCAGAAGAAGCCUUUGGUGGGGAAAAAGGCUGCAGCUACCAAGAAACCAGCAGCUGAGAAGAAGCCCGCAGAAAAGAAACCCACCACAGAAGAAAAGAAGCCCGUGGCAUAAACUUAAAUUUGUUUAUUCCAUAACGGUCAAAUCACUUUGGACAGCUAAUUUUGAAUAAAAAUAUGAUCAAAGGCAAUGAGAAACGUAA